AUGAAGGGCUCCGAAAUAAAAUUUGAUGGCCCUAUAAAAGUUCCAGUCCUUGAAAAGGGACCGGAACAGACAAUGAAGUUCUUAGAUAAAAUUAAUGAUACGGUCGUUGAUAUCAUACUGUUAUCACGCGACAAAGAAACUCCCUCAGAAGACACUAUUUCACCAGUCACCCAAAACUCGUUAAGCUCUUUGAGUUCUCUGAGUUCAGAUGAAGACUCUGAGCGUUUUGAAGCAGCCAUUACUGGCUUCACUAAAUCUCUAAAUAAUGGGAUUAUGAAAAGGCAUUCCGACUUAUUGGUCGAAGAUUUCAAAGAGGCACUCCAGCAGAAUUCCAGAAUGUCAAUGUUACCAAAUCAUAACAUCCUGCCCACGGGUAGGGAACAUGGUAAUUAUUUAGCAAUAGACUUGGGUGGGUCUACGUUAAGAGUCGCUCUUAUCAUGAUCGAUCCAUCGCUGGCAUGCGAAAACAACUUUAAUCGAAUCCACACUCUCGUUGAAAAGAAGUGGUUGGUUGACAACAACUUCAAGGUUAUGGAUUAUGACUUCAUAAGAUGGAUUGGUGCAAAAGUAUCAGAAACUCUUAAUUCACAAACCCUUCUCGCUCCAAGAAACAACACGAUUAAUGUGGGUGUCACUUGGUCAUUUCCUUUAGAAAUGGUCUCUCACAAUUCAGGCAAAAUUGUACAUGUAAGUAAAGGCUACGAGGUUUCCCCUGAGAUUUUUCAGAAAGACUUGAAAAUGUUGCUUGAGACAGUGUUAGCUAAUGACUUUGAUAUAAGCAUCGAUGUAAAAGCAAUUAUUAACGACUCUUUGGCAGUCUAUGCAGCGGGGACUUUUUAUGAUAGCUAUACAAAACUUGCCAUUGUUUUGGGCACCGGCUUGAACUUGUGCUAUUCAUUACCAACUGCAGAAAUACCUCCUCAAAAAUCUUUAGGAAAAGAGUCAGCCCUAUACAACGUUGAACUUUCACUUUUCGGGCAACAUUUAUUAGAAGAUUUUUCAACAAAAUACGAUCUGCUAAUUGAUAAUAGGUUUAGUUUAGUGGAUUCUUUUCAUUUUAAGUCUUAUAUGACGACUGAUCCAAUUUCUCAGUCCAUAUUUCAGCCCUCGGAACUUAUGACAAGUGGUAGGUAUUUGCCAGAGUUAACGAGAUUGGUCUUGAUUGAUAUGAUUGAUGCUGGUGAAUUAUUCAAGGAUAUUAAGAAUUUGAAAAGACUUUACGAACCUUAUGAUGGUUUAACUGGUCGAAUGCUAUGCUACAUUGAUGAAAAUAAUAGCUUCUCGUCCAUAAAGCAGAUCUUGCAUGAAGAGUAUAAUUGGCCACUUGAACAAAUAAGUGUUCUGGAUAUAGUCAAGCUCAAAGACUUAGUAAACAGCGUUAUUCAAAGAGCUGCUUUUAUUGUUGCGACUAUGAUCGUUUCUUCGAUCAAGUUAAUAAAAUAUCAUAAUAAGAACGAAAAUUAUGAUCAUGUCAUGGUUAGCUCUGUGGGAUCAGUAUUGGAAUAUUUUAAUCGCUACAGAAACCUUAUUACCGAGUGGAUUAAUAAGAAUGAAGACAUCGUGGACAUGGGAUUGACAGUGGAGUUCAUGCACAUUGAGAAUAGUUCAAUAGUGGGAGCUGCAGUUGCUGCAGCUUACUAUCUGUAA